GUUGUCUGUCAGUCGCGAGCGAGCGAGCACUAGGUUGUUAGACUGCAGGAACGGAGCAAUGCCUAAAUCAAAGGAACUUGUUUCUUCAAGCUCUUCUGGCAGCGAUUCUGACAGUGAAGUUGACAAAAAGUUAAAGAGGAAAAAGCAAGUUACUCCAGAAAAACCUGUAAAGAAGCAAAAAACUGGUGAAACUUCAAGAGCCCUGGCAUCUUCUAAGCAGAGUAGCCGCAGCAGAGAUGAUAACAUGUUUCAGAUUGGAAAGAUGAGGUACGUCAGCGUUCGAGACUUUAAAGGGAAAGUCCUAAUUGAUAUUAGAGAAUAUUGGAUGGAUCCAGAGGGUGAAAUGAAACCAGGAAGAAAAGGUAUUUCUUUAAAUCCUGAGCAGUGGAGCCAGCUGAAGGAACAGAUUUCUGACAUUGAUGAUGCAGUAAGAAAACUGUAAAAUCAGAGCCAUAUAAAACCUAUGUUCUAGUUGUUUUAAUCUGUCUUUUUACAUUGGCUUUUGUUUUCUAAACGUUGUUUUCCAAGCUAUUGUAUAUUUGGAUUGCAGAAGACUUUGUAAGAAUACUUUUUUUUAAUGUUCAUUAUUAAAAAUGUUCUGAAUGAAAUUAAUUGUCAACUUUAUUAAGGAAGAUUUCUUUGUGCCCACCACCUAGUGUAAAAUAAAAUCAAGUAAUACAAUCUUAAAAAAAAAAAAAAAAA